AUGACGGCAAGCUUGAAGUUUAACCAGCACGUAGAAUGUGAUUUGCUGUUUUACCGCCAGUUCAUAACCUUCCAUUGCAUAUGCCGAGCCACACGUUGGCACGCCGCCACCGUGGUGAGUGCAAAAGAAGGGGAAGUGCUGUUCGAAGCUUUCACAACGUGCUGGGUAGGGCAGUUCGGCCCUCCCGAGAUCCUGUACAUGGAUGGAGAAAGCGGGAUGUGGCGGCCCGACAUUGCUGACAGGGUCAAAAGGCUGGGUUGUGACUUCAAGCUGCGAGCCCCUCAGCAACAUGCCAGGUACAUUGAACGUCGUGGCGCAGUGCUGAGAGCACAGAUGCACACGAUGGAGGAACAGCUGGAAAGAGAAGGGAUUGUUUACACAUUCCCGGCACUGCUGGCAGAAGCAGUGUUUGCCGGCAACUCCCUGACACAUGUUGGCGGUUCUACACCCUACCAGGCUGUGUACGGGCGUCAGCCGUGGAUGCUGCCACCGCUUGAAACUCCAGACCUUGUCGCGCGUGACGAAAUGUCCUCCGAAGGGGACAGACAGCGAGAGCUCCUCCGCCAAACAGCACUAUCGGCUAUGAUAUCGGCUACUGCGGCGGCAAGGCUAAACCGAGCCGCGCACUCUCGAACAGGACAAGAUAGCCGCGACUUCAAGCGUGAUGACUUAUGUGAUGUCUACCGCAAGCCCGCCAGCAAGGAUGCCAGCGGAUGGGUUGGACCGUACCGUGUAGUGCGUUCUGAGCCAGGUCAGGUGGUGGUUAGAAUAAAGGGGUUUGAUCGCACUUACCGGUCCCAAGACGUCAGACAUGCUUUGUUGUGCCUCAUGACAGAACAACAGACUUCGAGUUGGCAUGAAUGCAUGCAGAUCUUGGAAGGAGCCCUGAGUCAAAUGCAUCCUGGCCAGUCUGCGUUGUAUGGAUUUGCAACAAACAAAAAGGGCGGGCACAGCUUGAGUGAACAAGCGCGGCGCCGACCCUACGUGUUGCAAGCAUUGGACCAUCUCGUGCUUAAUUGCUGGAGGCUCGAGGAGGUCAUGUCUGUACGGCUCGCGCGCGGGGCAAAGACGCUAGCAGCGGUGCCAGGUGCCAGCCACAGCACAGUGUUUUGGUGGUUUAACAACGCUGACUCAGAUGUCAUGUUCGGUGUGGUGGAUCAUUCAAGAGUAGACCUAGCAGAGCUUAUAGGCGUAGACUACAAGUUCGCGAAGGUUGUUCAAGCCAUUCACUGCACAGGGCACGACAUCACACUUGCAGACGCGUGCGAAGGCACAGCCGAUCUCACGCAUGAAUCUCUCUGUGGCGACUAUUUGCCCGAGAGCGAUGCUGAGGCUGAGCCCGAGAUCAACACCCCUGCUGGGACACUCUCAACCAUAGCUGAGGAAGACGAAGAAUGGCGGGGCUAUGUAGCUGGUCUGAACUUGCCGGCUGAAGAGUGUGCAGCAGUACGGGAGGUGUUCUUUAACCAUGAGUCGUUAGAAGCCACCGAAGACAUUUUCGACUGUGAUCUGUUUCAUGUCCACCCGGCCGAGGUCCAAGCUGCCAUUUUAGAAGAGCUGAAGAUAUGGCACCGUUACGGCUGUUUUAAGCGUGUACCAAGAGCUGGAGCAAGCAACAUCAUGGACUCUCGCUUUGUCGCAAAGUGGAAGAAGACUGAAGAUGAAAACAACCAACCUAAGAGGAUCGUUCGAAUGCGACUGGCGCUGCGUGGCUUUAAGGAUAUCCAAGCCGAUGAAUUGGAAGCUUUCGCUGCCACAGCAUCGCGACAGUCGCAGCGGAUCUUAUGUUCAGAACUUGCGUGCAGGCCUCACUGGAAGUUCGUGUCUCUCGACGUAAAUAAAGCAUUUCUACAGGGAAUGACGUACAAAGAGAUACACGACCUCACCGGGGAGGCAGAGCGCGAAGUCCAUUUCACGCUUCCUCCAGAAGCAGCAGUCCACUUGAGAAAGCUUGAGGGGUAUCAUGACUUUGACGAACGCCGAGAGGUGUUGAAAUGUGUCAAGCCAGGAACGGGUUGUAAAGAUGCCCCGCGAGCUUUCAGCCUCAAGCUGGCCAAAUGCACCAGAUCCCCCAAAGUACAGCUCAAACCGUCCAUGUUUGAUUCUGAGCUUGAGCUCAAACAUAUUGAUGGGGAGCUGGUGCUUCUGGUAGCAAAACAUGUGGAUGACCUCAAGGUAGCCGGUGAGCCCCACGAAGUAGACAAUUUAAUCCAGCAAUUGCAGGUUGAGUUCGGCAAGCUGCUGUUGGACGGUUCUGUGCAGCUAGAUCAGAACGAAUACAUUGAUGCUAUGAAGCCCAUCCGUCACCCUGAGCUAACAGGCGCGGUUGCGUAUGCGUUGCUUUCUCAGUCCUGGGCCUCCGUUUUCGUGAUUGCCCUCCAAAGGAGGUUGGGUCUGAAAGAUGGUCGCGAUGUCUGCCAUUUGAUAGACGCCCAGUCCCAGUCUUUAAAGCUUGUCACUCGUUCCACAUUUUCGUCUGAAACGUUGGCAGCAGUAGGGACCACGGACGGACUCACCCCUCUGAUGUACACAUUUGAAGAGAUGAUUCGAGGAGUUGUUGACGCUCCCCGCGCAAGGCAGUUGCGCGAACAGGGCGGCUUUGUUUUUGACAGUGAGCUUUGUGUUGACGCUCUCAACUUGUACUAUGCAUUGAGUGCUCAGUAUCCUAAGAUGCCAGCAGAGAAGACGCUCUACACACACAUCGCUUGGAUAAGAGAUUUGCUGAAGGCAGGUCUUGUCCGAGCUGUGAGCUGGGUUGAUACUAGAGACAUGCUUGCAGAUGCUCUCACCAAGGGCAAGAUUGAUCGUCAAGCAAUUCUCAGUGCUAUGUCCGGAUCGUGGAAGCUUGAAUUCGACAGAAAGACGUAUCGUCCCAGCAAGACGUAA